UCCACCUAUGAAAGCAUCAUGAUGAUAUGGAGCGUAUAUCAGAGAUUGAUUUUCCGUGAUGGGAAUAAUUCUGAUAAGUUGGAUAACUUCGUUCCCAGCGGCAAAAUGCUUUAAUCAAAGCUGUGUGUAAAAUAUGAGAUCUUACCCGAACAAUCAUGAAAGUUAGCACAGAGAUCAAACAGAACAGAAAUGGCCAACAUUUUACAGGCUGGGUUAAAAACAAGGAAAGUGACGUCAUGGAAUUCUUCGCUAGUUGCUGGCACAGCUAUGCUGAAUUCCUUGUUCGAUGUCCGUCCAUCGUACUCCUUGUCAUUCUCCUGUUCGUCAUUACCACGGGGGUCAUUGGAUUUUGUCUCAGUCCUAUGCUUUCAUUCGAAGAUCCUACGCAGGGGUUUCAAGCUCGUGGAACAGUUAUCAGUGGACGUGUCCGGGCAUUUCGACGGCUGACAGAAGAAACGCAAUUAUUCUUUCCAGACCCGACGAACGACAAUUCUAACAUCAGUCGACGCAGUAUUCCAGAGACGCCAAGAAGCCGUAUAGAAAGAGAUUUACACAACGAAACAGCAUUCUGCAGUACACAACUUUCUGAUCGUCUUCGAAUGGUGUAUCGAUCCUAUGGCUCAACGAAUAUGUUCACGGCUGACGUCAUGAAAGCUGUGUGUGAACAUGACGCCACCAAUUUUCGUAAUCAGGAUAUCUUCAACCAAUCGUGUGGAGUUUACUCUUCAUCGGGAGACUGUUGUCCUACAUGGUCAUUGGGGCACCUUGUAGCCGUGAUCGUAGGAAAGGAUUCUUGCGAUGAGAUUGAAGAUAUUGACGUGGAAACCACGAAAACACUUUUGCAAGGUUGCGUCGAGUACUACAAAGUAGGAUGCCUGAAUGGUGGCGCCACUUGCCAGAAUGUUCCAACCAACUGUACAGAUCUAGGGAGCGUGUAUACGAUAUUUCAUUAUCUAACACCAAGUGGCUUUGUAGACGAUGUGAUGAAUAGCAGGUACGAGUUAGAAGUGACUCUCGUCCUGUCUCCUCUGUGGUGGGAGAGUCAGGAGACCCUGACAUUCUAUGAAGCACACAUGCGGACAUCAUCACUCAGAGGAAACUUCCUUGAGAUUAUAGCAAUAGGUUCAGGGAUUAAGUUGGACGUAUUCAACAAGGCUGCUAUUGCUGAUUCAUUAUUCAUCGCCAUUGGUUGCGUCUGUGUGAUUUUUAUUAUAUGGACGUACGUCGGUUCUUUCUUUAUUACUCUUAUGACGUUUAUCAGUAUAGUUAUGUCAAUGGUCGUAGCAUUUUUCCUGUAUCACAUCGUAUACAGAGUGCCAUUUUUCCCAUUCAUCAACGUCAUAACCGCUGUUCUCAUCAUCGGGGUCGGUGCUGAUGACUGCUUUGUCUACGUUGACAUCUGGAAGGCCACAAAGAAGAAACUUCAUCUUGGAGGUAAUCAUGAAGACAUGAUACAAAUUGUCAUUGAUACGUUGAAACAUGCAGUGGCCACCAUGUUCGUCACCAGUCUCACAACGUCAUCAGCCCUGUUUGCGGGAGUCGUCAGCACAAUCACUGCAUUGAGAUGCUUCUCGGUUUUCGCCGGAAGUGCAAUCCUGGUCAACUUUGUGAUGACCAUGACCUGGAUACCUGCUGCCGUUAUGAUUCAUGAGAAAUACUUCCUGCGGGAAGAUAGCAUCAAAAAGACAAAGGCCAAUGCUUUGUUCUAUUCAGUGAAAUGGUUUUACAAUCAUGUUGCUGAGAUUGGCAGAGAGGUCUUUGAACUUUAUUUACCUUUUGUGAUUAACAAGUGUCGGUUUCUUUGGAUAAUCAUUUUCAGUGGCCUUGGUAUAGGGGGAUUUUGUGUUGUUUUUGUGGCGCCUUCGCUGCGGCUUCCAUCUCAAUCUGAAAUACAAGUAUACAAAAUUAGUAACAUUUUUGAGCAAUACGAUCAAAUUUAUAAAGGAUUGUUCAGUUUCGAAGGUGAUUCAGCCAGGUUAAUGCCGGCAAUCAUUGUUUGGGGUGUAGAACCUGUUGACAAUGGCAACCAUUGGGAUGUUGAUGGAGUAGGAACUACUGUUUUGGAUGAAUCGUUUGAUCCAACAUCAUCAGAAGCACAACAAUGGUUGUAUGAUCUCUGCAUAGACUUUAAGAAUUCAAGUUUUCACGACACCAGCGCAGAGUCAGGAGACGAAUUCUGUUUCAUCGAUGCUUUUCGAACCUUUAUGGAAGAUGGUACUUGCAUACACCCUUUGACAGGCGAGGACCUGAAUCAUUGCUGCAACCAUACUUCAUUUCCAUAUUCAAGCGAUCUGUUUAGCCAAUGUGCAAUUACUUUCACCGAUAUACAAUGUAAACUCUAUGGUUGUGAGUCCAAUUCACCGGGCUUGCGUUUCAAUUCUGACCAAGAUAUCGUGGCAAUGUACAUUUACUUGAAGACAAACAUCGAAGAAUCAGAGGGGUUCACCGCAAUGAAUCAGUUCUGGGAAGACUUAAAUGGCUGGAUCGAAAAUCGAAUGAACUCGGCUCCAUCAGGUCUGGAAAGAGGAUGGUUUAUAAGUGUGUCCAACCGGCAGAUGUCUUUCUUUGAUCUGCAACAAGGUCUCGCUUCAGGGGCAACUCUAUCAGUUGGUGUUUCCCUCGGGGUUGCAGCAGGUGUGCUUCUUCUAUCUACACGGAACAUCUUGGUGACUAUGUACGCCAUCUACUCUAUUUCAUGUGCUGUCUUUGUUGUCAUUGCGUCUGUCGUUCUCUUGGGAUGGGAACUAAACAUAGUCGAGUCAAUUGUCCUCUCCUUAGCUGUUGGCCUGUCGGUUGAUUUUACAAUCCAUUUAGGCGUUGCCUAUCGUCAAUCAACUGCAUUUGACCGGAAGUCACGAUCAAUGUACGCCCUUCGUUCCCUCAGUGCUGCCAUUACUCUGGCUGCAUUCAGUACCUUCAUAGCAGGUGCGUGUAUGCUACCUGCCACAGUUCUAAGUUAUGUGCAGCUAGGGACUUUUCUUACACUUGUCAUGACAAUCAGUUGGGUUUAUGGAAUAUUCCUAUUUGUUUCUCUUUGCCGAACGAUAGGACCAGAGGGUAUGUUUGCCCAGUUAUCGCGGUCUUGUUGUCGACGAAACCCUCGUGUAUCCCCAGAAAAGAAGGACUGUCAAAUUAAGCAUAUUUCAGUUAAGCCUGAUAAAAACGAAGGUGCAAGCCUGGGUACAAAGGAACCAAUCACUUAAGGCAGACAAGAAC